AUAUUGACAAUACCAUACUUCUUUAAACUUUUGUUUUUGUAAUUCUUGAGAGCAAAAGGCAAAAGAAAUGGCCACUUCUUCAAUAGUUUCAAUGGCAAUGCCACUAACUUACACAACCCAAAACAAGCAACCAAUUGUUGAAGCUUUUUUCAAGCCAUUGCCAAUUAGGCCUUCAAAACAAAUUACAACUUCAAAAAAGUUUAUAGUCAUCAAGGCAUCUUCAAUUAAGGAAAAGGCAGUGGUAGGGUUGACAACAGGUGUACUCACAGCAUCAAUGGUUGUACCUGAUGUAGCACAAGCUGCUGAGGGUUUGUCACCAUCACUCAAGAACUUCUUACUUAGCAUUGUGUCUGGUGGAGUUGUGCUUGGUGCUAUUAUUGGUGCUAUUAUUGGUGUCUCCAACUUUGAUCCUGUUAAGAGAGGUUAAAUUUGUGACUUUCUUUAAUUGUAUCUAAUAUGAUUUUGUGUAUGUAUUAAUUCCUUUUAACUUAUUUUUCUGUUUAUUCAUUUGGUAUUUGAAAUAGUAAAGUUGUGAUAAUGUUCUAGUAAAUUGGCGCGAAAC